UACCAACCUUAUCAGGCACAAAAACAAACAAUGGGCAUGCGUACGCGGUGAAUAAAGAGUAAUAUCAAUAACAAGGGAAAACGGACAUAAUAUCAAGAAAAAUGAGCUUACCAACUUUUUGCGAACCAGUCUCUGUCUUGUUGUCAAGAAUUCUUGAAGCAGUUGGUGUAAAUGAAGUGACAGUUACGAAAAGACGACAGUUAUAUCAUCAAGUGGAAGAAGUGACGGAGAUAGGGUUUCAUUUGGCGAGUAAGAUAGGUAACAAUUCCAUAGUAGACGGUGCUAAAAUCUACCAUUUUGGAAGUAAGAUUGAAGGUUCUACAACGAUUGGCCUACAUUCAGAUGUUGACCUUGUACACAUAUAUCCAAACAGGUAUAGCAUUAUUAAUUCCAGAUCAGACAGAACAGGUCUUUUCAUGCAUCUUAUGAUAAAAACAAAGGAUGCAACACCACAUGGUUAUUGCAGACUAUGCGUUAUCAAAAAUGGCAGAUUCAACUACCAGGAUACAAAACAGUUUUACUAUGAUUCAGAGGGAACAGAGUUCUUUCCAAGUUUAUACGUUAGAGACUUAGAAGAUCGUUUGUCAAACAAUUUAAUGCCGACCUUCAGACAUGGACCAUCAUCAUAUUACCUCAAUACAGAUAAUGUUACUGCCAUUCUCGUGCCACCAGCGUUUACUAUGACUAAAAAGAGAAUUCGCAGUUUUCGCAAAUAUUACUGGCCUUCCAAAACACUUAAUAUUAAACUUAGAAAAACACAAUGUUUUGUGGUGCCGACUGGCCAUUCGGAGAGUGAAAAUGCUCGCAUUGAAUGGCGAAUUUCAUACUCAUUUGCAGAGAGACUUCUUAUAUUUGACUUCAAUAUUACACAAGUUAGAUGUCUGGUUUUGCUUAAAAUGAUCAAGAAAGAAUACCUUCAGCCCGUCGUAGGAGACGGGUUUACAAGCUAUCACUGCAAGACAACUUUGUUCCACACAAUAUCAAGAACACCACCAUCUUUUUGGAGACCAGACAGAUUGCUUUGCUGCUUAAUGUCUUGUUUAUCUACUUUAGAACAAUUUAUUUCAAAUCAUUUCUGCCCACAUUUCUUUGAUUUACAUGUUAAUCUGUUCGUUGGAAAACUAUCCCCUUGGUGUUAUAAAAAGCUCAGUUGUGUGGUGAGAAGUCUCCAGUCAGAUAUUCUUCGAUGCUUGUUACAAAUGCAAACUGAUGAGGUAGGCGCCAGAAUGCAACCACUUCCAGCAGUUUUAGGAAUGUUUCGGUUUCCAUCACGUGACUCGAUUGAAAAACAAAUGCUUGCUGAAACAUUUCACCACAGACAUCGUUUCCUGAUGGAAUACUCGAGACUUCCAUAUACUUACAUGUUGGAUUCGCUGCUGACGUUUAAGAAACAAAUACAUGCUGGUUUCAAAUUGGUCCGAGAGGUACUAGACAUAAUGAAUAACGGAAAUCACAUUAAACAUGAUGUUGCUCGAUUAUACUUACCCCAUUUCAUAGCUAAACACGCUUCACUUAUGGCCGCUUAUAGACUUAAGAAGAAACAACCGAUAACUGAUGACAUCAUUGAUAUGUUUAAAAUCGGUUUUCAAGCUGAUGCAACUUCAAACAGAUUAAAACUAGCUUCUGCCUUAUAUUGCAACGGCGAAUUAAGCAAAGUAAUCAAAUACCUUAUUGAAAUAGAAGAUAAGUAUUUAUCUCACGUUUUACCAACAUGCUUACGAUAUGUUUUCACAUUUUCAUUAAAUUGGGAGAAAAUCUGCAAAACUGCUUUAGAGACCUUUGAAGUUAACAGCUGCAGAAAUUCAUUCUCGUCAUGUGUUGAAUAUAUAAAAAAUGAUGUCUGGUGUUGUCCAAAAGGAUUACGAAGGCCUCUCAUAUUUGCUGCAAAUGCAAAACGGGGCAGUUCUUUACAUUUCGAAGGCGGAAUGGAAGUUGACUCUAUAACUAUGUUGUACUACCUGAAAUACAUGACAUAUGUUGGAUUGUCGAGUGCAUUGAAAACAAUGGCACUGAAUAAAUUGAUGCAGUGCGUAGUGGACAAUCCUUACAAGUGGAAUGAAUAUUUUUUUGACAUCGCAAAUAAAGAAGAGAAGGACAUUGUAUAUACAUAUAGAAAUCGUGUUUAUGCUUAUCCAGAUCCUGACAUUCAAAGCUACCACGAAGUACUUACUCCUACAUUUUCUGAUAAAUUGAAAAUCAAUCCCUGGGGAAGCAUACAUUUGUGCGUGAUCUACGCAUUUCACAAAUGUUCUGUUGUUCAGCAUAUGGAUAGGGCUUUAUUUCUCAUUGGAUAUUGCUUCGAACUUGGAAAUAAUCAAGACGUUGCAAGGGCAUCUUAUUGGAUGUCUAACAUUGUAGAACCAUCGCAGGAAAUUGUUUAUCAUAUCCGAAGAGUUUGUCCAAAAACAUCCAUUUAUGACAGAAUGUAUGAAAAAUUGCGAAAUAGGUUUAUUACCUGA